UUCGUUCGGCGAGGGUUAUCGUCUUCGGUGGUGAAUUCUCUUUAUUGCGAGUGACGGAUCGUCAACCCGUUCGUCAUUCGUCGAUCAGCUGAUCCCUGGCUGAUGUUCCGCUGGCAACUACCUCGUCGUCGAAACAAUCAACGACCAAACUCGACCAACCCCUCGGUUUUCCAGCUCAGCGGACGAGAAUCAGGAAGUGGCUGCGUGAAACAACACGAUUCAGGGUAAAAACACAAGGGAAGCGAGGAGCGCUAGGACUGACGGGGGAGAGUGAUUGAAUAACCGAAGAAACUUAAACACAAUUUCUGGGUCAAGGAUUGCUGUUCGUUGGGAUCCGCACAGUAAAUACGCGUCACAGCAAUCAUAAGUUGUUCGAAGAACAUCGGGCAUCGGAACGAUGUGAGAGGACUAUAUGGGUGAACACCAAACGGACAAGGAAGAUUCGACGAAAUCACGAACACGUGGCGAGACGUGAAGCGGGCGUUGAGCCUGCUGUGCGUGAAAAAAUUCUCCGGAAGCGGAACGAUGCUGGAAGCGCCGCCCGGAAGUCGCGAGGACCUCGUGGAAGCAGCGAGAACACCAUGUACGCCCACAGAUCUGGACACGAUGCUAUAUGGAUACACGAACAACAUAUAUGUGCUGGACCACACUCCUGAAUCAUUACCGGACAUGGACAUGCUGCAACUGUUCGCCUCGCCAGCCGGUCGAGCGUUGCUGACCAGUGACAAUCGGCCAAGAAGAUCGACGUCGACCUCCUCCUUGUCUCGAGAGUCCUCUUCGAGGCUGAAGAGCGGCAGAAGACCAUCGGGUAGCGGCAUAGUCAGUGCACCGACCUCGCCGCCGAGGCAACGCAAGUCGAGCGCGGAACUGUACAAAGAGGCCGUCGAGAUCCUCGGUCUCACCUGUUCGUUGACUGACAGCUGCCGAUGCAUCGACUGCCAGAGCAACUAUUUCGACUGCGACGACGAUUGCGGCGACGCGAGAACGGAAUUGGCUGCGGGCACUCCGAUUCUGCUGGACCACGCUCUGUCGCAUCCGUUGACAUGUUCCAUACAGUAGCAGCCAACCGUUGCGUAAACAUUCCGGAAUCGGCCCUCCGUUAGUCCACUUUGCUACAUCGGGAACCCAACGGUGAUCCAAACGUCGAAGAUCCAUCGCGCGGUCGUUGGAUCCGUUACGGAGCGGGCACGAGGAUCACGUGAACCGCGAGUCGAAGACGAAUCGAAUCGACAAGGAACUUAACGAAGAACAUUCCCUCGCUUACGGAGUACGGGGUCGCAUGGCCGCAAACUUCGCCCAACGAACACGAAACGUCGAGAACUUGCACGAAGCUCUCGAUUCACGCUUCUCCGGCGAGCACUCGUGCGUCCUCUUCCGAUCUUAAUUGUAUUAAUUACGUUCUCGUCUUUAAGUAAACUCUGCUCGAUUCGUGUAAUCUUGCGUACCCCGGAACAGGGGAGGGUUGACCCAAAUAUGGACCACUUUGAACAAUUUUUCAAAUCGUGACAUUUUUACGAAAUAAAUCGACAACAUCCUUGGCAAACUGUUCGUAACAGAUUUAUCAGAUAUUACGGCGGAAAAUGAAAUUUCCCUCGAGUAAAUUUCGACCACGAUUUAUUUCGAAGAACAAAGAAUUUGUCAUUGAGUCGUAAUUGAGAGAUUGGUUGCUUAAAUCGUUGCGUGUCUUAUGAUUCCAAUUGCACAAAGUAUAUGCGAAUUAUUAAGAAUAUUUUAAUAGGUACAAAUAUCGUACAGUUUCGUACGAAUUGUAUCGCCAGCUUCGUAUUCGGUCCAAUGGAAAAACAGUUUUUUCGAUCGUGACAUUUUUACGAAAUAAAUCGACAACAUCCUUGGCAAACUGUUCGUAACAGAUUUAUCAGAUAUUACGGCGGAAAAUGAAAUUUCCCUGGAGUAAAUUUCGACUACGAUUUAUUUCGAAGAACAAAGAAUUUGUCAUUGAGUCGUAAUUGAGGGAUUGGUUGCUUAAAUGGGGCCGUAUCGUUGUGGAUGAAAUAUUGAGUUUUGUAUUAUAACUUGUUAUGUGUCUUGUGAUUCCUAUUGCACGAAGUAUAUGCAAAUUAUUAAGAAUAUUUUAAUGGGUUCAUAUCCAGUCCAACGUAAAUAAACAAUUUAAUUUUUGCAUCCUUACCUCUUUACUCCUCUCCCUUUUAACGCACAGGACACAGAAAUACUUGAAACACCGAAAUUCGUUAAGAAAUAUCGAGAAAGAAUUGAAAUAAAAAAUAAUGCCUAAUGGAGGUCCUAUUUGAACAACCAAGGUUCGAUUUAACUACAAAAAAAUGUGUCACUUAUAUGUUAUAAAAUUACCACGUAUAUUAUAAUUAUAUAAAAUAUCAAAUUAUCUUCUAUAAUUGCGAAAUUCAUGCAAAUUGAAUUUCACCAAGUAAAAUCGACCACCGUAAUAUCGUAAGUGGUAUCAAUUAAUUUAAACAAUCGACGCGGUCCAAACACGACAACCUUCCCCUAUUCGCUUGCAAGGUACGACGCUGGUAAUUUUUUAAACGAACACACGAUAAUCGAGAAAAGUGCUUCCUGUGUUGGUUUCGAACCUGAACGAAAUAACGAAACGUAAGCUGUAAGACUUUUUCUAUUCGAGUUGUUUUUUAAUUGCAAACCCGAUCGUCACCCGAGCAAAUUUACAAGGCGCGAUGUGUCCCGAUCACGACAAAAGUCGAAGCAGCUUUCGAUUAUUACGCGAUUCAUUCGUUCCCCUAACGCGAAAGAAGAAAUUGUUUCAACGAUAGUAACGAAUGUAAUUUACGGACAAUAUUAACGGAAUAAGUCAUAACGCGAUCGUUGUCAUCGUCGUUGUUUUCUCUUUUUGUAUAAAGCUGGAACCAUUUUCCAUAGGACUCUGUCCGCGAACGACACGCGAAACUCGACGUUCGAUGAGAAGGGAGAUUAUAAAUCGACCGACGUUCGCUGUUUCGCGUUCUCAUCGGAUGUUUCUACGCCGUCAUCGUUACGCGGAGGAUUCAUCGUUCACACGCAUCGCGAUAACAAAUUUCGGGCGGAACGAUUGGUGGUCGCGAUUACGCGCGACACCGCGGCGUAAAGAGAUAAUACGCUCGCCAUGGCUCAAAAUCGGACGAAUUUAUCGACGCGAAACGACACACGCCAAAAGAAAACGCGCCAAAUUUCUAAACAUUUAAUUAACGAUAACGAUAAUAAUAAUAUUAUACGAUAACCCUAAUUAAUAAUUUCGAUCUAGCGGGAAAAGCGUAACGCGAAUUACGACGUUUAACUAGAUAACAAUUUAAAUGGUUUUGUCGACGUACACGAUGUGAAGAUUAUACAUAUAUAUUAUAUAUAUUAUAUACAUACGUGUAUGCAUACACAUUAUAUUUACUACACGUUUUAUUAUCAUUACACUUACUCGAUUAAGUCCAGUAAUGUACGUUGUUGAACGUUAUGAGCUCGUGGAAAAAAGAAAAUAUUGAAAACGGAGGAAGAAAAAUGAACGGAGGGGAGAACU